AUGGCAGAUAUUACCAAUUUGUUCAAAGCCACAGUCAAAGCUAUCAGGUCUAGAAAUAAAGCACUGAACGAAGCCCCUACAGAUGAAGGUUCUAGAAAUAUACUCAAUAAAAAACAAGAGAGUGACUUCGAAUCUAAGGCUAGAAAUCUGAUGAAGACAAUAACAAAACUGAGGGACUUUUUACUGGAGAACAGAAAGGAGUAUGUCAAUUCAGGGAGUUUAUUAUCAAACGGUGGGUCUGGUAUGUCAGAGGCGGACAGGGACCAGAUUGAUGCAUACUCACAAGGCAUCAUCAGAUCUUGCAGGGAGACUAUUAUUAUGUUUCGUGUUGAAACUGAUCGUCAGAAGACGCAUCCUCAAGUCAAGGAGCACAGAAAUGCCGUUAUGAUACUUUUGGAGUCUUAUUUAAAAGAUGUUUGCAAAAUUUAUAGUGAACAGCAGGCAGUCAGAGUUACAAGGAUUAUCAACAGAAAAAGAAUCUCCAGACUUGAGCCAGAGAGGAAGCACAACCAUUUGACCAGGUAUCAGUUAAAGAAGGACAUGAAUAUUGCCCAGAACCUGCAGUCUAGUGGAGAUAAGGAUAACAGUGCAGUUGCAGGUAGUUCAGAAAAGCAGAAAGCACAGCCUGCUCACCAGCAGUUGGAUGAGAGAUUAUCAUUUGAUGUUGAUAGUGAACUCACACCAGAAGAAGCCCAGCUGUUUGAACAAGAAAAUAAAACUUUAUAUGAACAGAUGAACAGCAUGGUUGAAGAAGUAAGGCAAAUAGAGGGUCAGGUAGUUGAAAUAGCGAAACUGCAAGAAAUUUUCACUGAAAAAAUACUUGAGCAGGAUGUUCAGAUCAACAGCAUUGCUAACACAACAGUGGGAACAACAGAAAAUAUUAAAGAUGCUAAUGAAGAAAUUCGAGAGGCUAUCAAGAAAAAGGCAGAGUUUAGAGUUUACAUUCUAUUUUUCCUUGUUGUGUGUUCACUUUCCUUACUGUUUUUAGAUUGGUACAAUAAGUAA